AUGAUUAAAGUAAAGAGUUCAGGUUAAAAAGAAGUUGAUGCAGCUAAAUACUUCCUUGAAGCUAUUUUAUAAUUAAGAGAUCGUUUCAAUGAAUCUAAAUCAAUCAGUAUUGAAGCUCAAGGUGAAGACAUAUGUGUGGCAACUUGUGUUUUAGAAUUAUUAAAGAAUUAAUUUCCUAAUAAUAAAAAUUCAAUAAAAACAAGUGGUAGUAUCAAAGACAUAUAAGAUUGUGAAGAAAGUGGUUUAACAAUUAGUUUUUAAGUAUUGGAUUUUGGAAAUGAUAUAUAUAAUCCAAUAAUUUAUGUUGAAAAGUAUUUGCAGUAAUUAAUUGAAUAUGAAAAAUUAUAAAAAAAAAAUAACAAAGAGAAAAGAGAGUCAAAGUAAAAUAAAUAAUAGUAAUAAUAAUAAUAAUCAUAAUAAUAAUAAUAAUAAUCAUAAUAAUAAGAUUUCCAAAUAGAAUAAAUUAAAUAAGUGGAUUCAUAAUAAAAUAAAUAAGAUGAAGUUUAGAACAAAUGGAGUAAAACAAAGAAGAGAAUACCUAAAAAUUAUGUUGGGAAUGAUGAAGAAUUAAUGACAGAAGGAUUACAUGGAUUUGCUGAUGCUUUUGAUUUAAAAUCUGGAGGAAAUAGAAAUGAAUAGAAAAAUUAAAAAAAAAAAAACAGAUAAAAAUAAGAUGAGAUUGAUUUGUAAGAAUCAAAUUUUAUAAGAGGAAAUAUAAAAUACAGAGGAGGAUUUAAAAAUUGAUU